UCCGGCCGAGUCGGCGAUGGGACCUCAGGCUCCCUACAGCCGGGGUCCAGCAGCACCGUGGGACAUUGCUUCUCCACAUCCUCAGGGGUGGGGGGACUGGAGGCUGGCGCCUUGCUCCGCACAGCCGGAGACACCGGCAAAACCGGCUUCUUAAACUCGCUACUGACUUCCUGAGGUGCUGGCGGUUCUGGCUGAGAGGUAGGAUCAGCCAUCCUCAGCCGGGUGCAACCUCAAAAUGUGUCCCUCAGAAACCCCAGCCGCUCGCUCUCCACGUUCCCGCGCGCGUCUCUCCCUCCCAGCUCCCUGCCGCUCUUCUGGACGUCAAUAUUGGAGUUCCUCUCUCAAGAUUCACCGAGUUGUAAAGAUGUGAAUAGCCCUAGGGAGUAACAAUACCGGGAGGCGUCCGGGGAGCUAUCGUGGUGUUGUGCAGAAUGCGGAUAUCUUUAGGCGUUGCAACCGGCUGGUAAUAACUUCCUGUGGCAGAGGGCGAUUGAAAAGAAGCGCUUCCGGCGGCCUAGGGCCAUUAAUCAAUAAACUAGCCUCUUAGGCUUGAUCUGGUCGUCGCCUCGGACCUGUCGGAGUCAGACAGCCGCGUAGACCGCUCCCGGAAGACGGCGGACAAAGAGCUUGCACCUUCACACAAUGUCUGGUAUUCAGUCGAUACCAGAACCUGAAGAGACAUACAGGCAAUGAAUCAGGAGAAGCAAAUUGAAGACCGAUUGUAAGUUUCAAUGAAUGGAGAACAUCCUUUGUCCUAGAGUUUUACUGACACCUUUCUCAAAGUGAUCUUAUCUUACAUUUUAUGUAAGAACUGCCUGGACUUCGUAUUUUUCACUGCAGAAGCCUAUGAUCUACAAUUGCCAGAGACUUAAACAUAUUACUUGUAGGGUCUCAUCUACAUUAAACCUGAGAGCUCUUCUCUGCUUGCUCCAAAAUGUUGAGAUACUGGGGAGAGAUACCAAUCCCAUCAGGACAGACCAACAGAAGUUCCUUUGAUCUGCUCCCACGGGAGUUCCGCCUGGUGGAAGUCCAUGACCCACCCCUGCACCAACCCUCAGCCAACAAGCCCAAACCCCCCACUAUGCUGGACAUCCCCUCAGAGCCGUGCAGCCUCACCAUCCACACCAUUCAGUUGAUCCAGCAUAACCGACGUCUUCGCAGCCUUAUUGCCACAGCUCAGACCCAGAAUCAGCAGCAGACGGAAGGUGUAAAGGCUGAAGAGAAUGAGCCUCUUCCCUCCUGCCCCAGCUCACCUCCUCUCCCUGAUGACCUCCAGCCUUUGGAGUGUAAAAAUCCCAAUGCGCCGUUCCAGAUCCGGCACAGUGACCCAGAGAGCGACUUUUACCGGGGAAGAGGAGAGCCUGUGACUGAACUCAGCUGGCACUCCUGCCGGCAGCUCCUCUACCAAGCAGUGGCCACAAUCCUGGCCCACGCAGGCUUUGAGUGUGCUAAUGAAAGCGUCCUGGAGACCCUGACUGACGUAGCCCACGAGUACUGCCUUAAGUUCACCAAGUUGCUGCGCUUUGCCGUAGACCGGGAGGCCCUGCUGGGACAGUCCCCUUUCCCUGAUGUAAUGGAGCAGGUGUUCCAUGAAGUAGGGAUUGGCAGCGUGCUCUCCCUCCAGAAGUUCUGGCAGCAUCGCAUCAAGGACUAUCACACUUACAUGCUACAGAUUAGUAAGCAGCUCUCUGAAGAGUAUGAAAGGAUUGUCAAUCCCGAGAAGGCCACGGAAGAUACUAAACCUGUGAAGAUCAAGGAGGAACCUGUGAGUGACAUCACGUUCCCUGUCAGUGAGGAGCUGGAAGCUGACCUUGCCUCUGGAGACCAGUCCUUACCCAUCGGGGUCCUCGGAGCUCAGAGUGAGCGCUUCCCAUCCAACCUGGAGGUGGAGGCUUCGCCACAGGCUUCAGGUGCAGAAGUAAAUGCUUCUCCUCUUUGGAACCUGGCUCAUGUGAAAAUGGAGCCUCAGGAAAGUGAAGAAGGCAAUGUGUCUGGGCAUGGGGUGUUGGGCAGCGACGUCUUUGAGGAACCAAUGUCAGGCAUGAGUGAAGCUGGAAUCCCUCAGAGCCCCGAGGACUCGGACAGCAGCUAUGGCUCCCACUCCACGGAUAGCCUCAUGGGAUCCUCCCCCGUUUUCAACCAGCGCUGCAAGAAGAUGAGGAAGAUUUAACUGCAGGGCACUUCUGGUCCAGACCUGCAUCACCAGCAGAGAACCCCGGGGUUUAGAUUGUUUCCAUAAUAGUGAUUGGGUUCUUAUUCUUAAAUACAGUGGGCUUGCCUGAUUUCAGAGAAAAGGUCUUAGCCUGGUUACAUUUCACGUUGGCACCGUUUUUGUACUUUUUCAGAACAACAGAGCCACUGUUCACAGACCGACUGAUGCUGGCCGUAGUCAGACCAAAGCACUCUCCCGGCUGUUACCUUCCCGUGGGACACACGUUCUUAGCUCCUCUCGGCCAUCUCUCUGGCACAGUUGGAAAGAAUCACGACACUCUGAUGUUUGUUCCCUGCAGAGGUGCGAAGCUGAGAUGUCCUGUCAAAGCUUGGGUGCAUUCCUUCGCAUCACUAUACUGCCUUUAUAGAUGUCGGGUUCUCAUUCCUUUAUUCUGGGUCAACUCAUUGGAAAUCCAGCAGUAAUACAGGAAAUAGCUAAGCAUAA